CAGGCAGCCUCCACUGCUCCUCUCCUCCGGGCUCGGCUCCUGGGGAUGGCAAGGCGCACCAUGGCCACUGGCCUGCUCCGUGUCCCCCCGCCCCAGGGGCUGCUCCGGCCCCUGGCCGUGCCAGAGAGGCUGCUGCUCGGGCCAGGGCCCAGCAACGUGCCCCCCCGUAUCCUGGCUGCGGGCAGCCAGCAGCUCCUGGGCCACAUGCAUCCCGAGGUACUGCAGGUGAUGGAUGAGAUCAAGGCGGGCAUCCAGUAUGCCUUCCAGACACAGAACUGGCUAACACUGGCCAUCAGCGGCACCGGCCACUGCGCCAUGGAGGCUGCCCUCCUCAACCUCCUGGAGCACGGUGAUACCGCGCUGGUGGCGGUCAAUGGCAUCUGGGGACAACGCGCCGCUGACAUUGCCAGGAGGCUGGGAGCCAAUGUCCAUGAGCUGCUGAAGCCCCCGGGCGAGUACUUUGCUCUGUGGGACAUCGAGGAGGGCCUGGCACGGCACAAGCCUUCGGUGCUGUUCAUCACCCAUGGCGAGUCCUCCACGGGGGUGCUGCAGCCACUGGAGGGCCGCCAGCCACUGGAGGGGCUGGGCAAGCUGUGCCACCGGCACAGCUGCCUGCUGCUCGUGGAUGCGGUGGCAUCACUUGGGGGAGCUCCCCUCUUCAUGGACCAGCAGGAGAUCGAUGUCCUAUACUCAGGGUCUCAGAAAGUCCUCAACGCCCCCCCUGGCAGUGCCCCCAUCUCAUUCAGCGAGCGAGCCAGGGAGAAGAUGCUGAGGAGGAAGACAAAGCCCCCAUCCUUCUAUCUGGACAUGGGCUGGCUGGCAAACUACUGGGGCUGCGACAGGGAGCCACGAAGGUACCAUCAUACAGCACCAAUCAACAGCUUCUUCAGCCUGCGGGAAGGCUUGGCCAUGCUGGUGGAGCUGGGUCUGGAGAGCUCGUGGGAGCGCCACCGGGCCAACUGUGCCCAGCUGUGCCAGGGGCUGCGCGACCUGGGGCUCGAGCUCUUCGUGAAGGAGGAGAAGGCAAGACUUCCCACCAUUACCACUGUCAAGGUGCCUGAGGGCUAUGACUGGAAGGAGAUCACAGCCUUUCUCAUGGACAACCAUGCCAUCGAGAUCGCCGGGGGCCUGGGCCCCUCGGUGGGCAAGGUCCUGCGAAUUGGCCUCAUGGGCUGCAAUUCAACUAGCAGCAACGUGGACCGUGUGCUGCAUGCUCUGCAAGACGCCCUCGGGUGCUGCCGCCGCAGCAGGCUGUGA